UCCGGUGUGUCGUGGGGCCGAGGCGGAUCGGGGCUCCGGAGCCUCCGGGGCGGGGGGACCCGGCGGCGGCCGGGGCGGCGCAGGGUCUCUCCAGCUGUCAGCAGAGCAUAUGUGUCCUUCCAGGCCCUGACAAUGUCGGAGGGGAUCAUGAGCAAGGCUGCAACCAUGGAGAUCCCCAUCAGCAGCAACGGGGACACAGGCAGCCUGCCGGAGGAUGACGGCUUGGAGCAGGACCUGCAGCAGGUGAUGGUGUCAGGGCCCAAUCUCAAUGAAACCAGCAUUGUGUCUGGUGGUUAUGGAGGCACUGCUGAGGGCAUCAUCCCCACCAGCACCAUCAAAGGCCCGGCUGUUCAGUAUAAUGCCUCCUUCCCUGGACUGCGGCUCCUCCUGGCACAAGUCCCUCCAUUUCCAGGCUGUCUUGUCAAACCUCACUCACCCCGAGGACCAUUCGUCUCCCCCAGUGCAUCUGCCGCCAGCAGGAUGGCCAACCAGGCCAGUGCUUCAGCAGGCUCUGGACUGCACCAGCCCCAUUCCAGCCCAUCUGUGGGAGGAGAGGAAGUUGUCCGUGGUAUUGCUGUGGAGAAGUUCGACAUUGUCAAGAAAUGGGGCAUCAACACAUAUAAGUGUACCAAACAGCUGAUCUCAGAGAGAUUUGGCCGGGGCUCCCGCACGGUGGACCUGGAGCUGGAGACGCAGAUUGAGCUGCUCCGGGAGACAAAGCGCAAGUACGAGUGUGUGCUGCAGCUUGCGCGGGCUCUCACCAACCACUUCUACAGCCUGGUGCAGACACAGCAUGCCCUAGGGGAUGCCUUUGCAGACCUCAGCCAGAAGUCUCCUGAGCUGCAGGAAGAGUUUGGUUACAACGCAGAAACACAGAAACUGCUCUGCAAGAAUGGAGAAACACUACUGGGAGCAGUCAACUUUUUUGUCUCUAGCAUCAACACACUGGUGAACAAGACCAUGGAGGAUACACUCAUGACAGUCAAACAGUAUGAGACAGCCAGGCUGGAGUACGACGCAUACCGCACAGACCUGGAGGAGCUGAGCAUGGGCCCACGGGAUGCCAGUACCCUGUGCCGGCUGGAUGCAGCCCAGAGCCAGUUCCAGAGCCACAAGGACAAGUAUGAAAAGCUGCGUGCUGAUGUGGCCAUCAAGCUGAAGUUUCUGGAAGAGAACAAGAUCAAGGUGAUGCACAAGCAACUGCUGCUCUUUCACAACGCCAUCUCUGCCUACUUUGCUGGGAACCAGCAGCAGUUGGAGCAAACCCUCAAGCAGUUCAACAUCAAGCUGAAGACCCCAGGUGCUGAGAAGCCCUCCUGGCUUGAGGAGCAGUGAGUCACUCCAGCUUGCCCCACCUUGUGCUCUGGACAGGGAAACCAUGGACCUAAAUUCUGACCUCUGACCGUUGGCGCAGGGCCAGACCGCAUACACAAGUGGUGAGCGGGGGACGUGGCCUCGGCCCUGCUACAGCCUGGGGACCCACCUACAGGGCUAGGGGGUCUCUGUUUUGGGGGAAAAUGGGAGGCUCUGAGCAGAUUGUUGAUGCUGCCUGGGGAGAGGAGCCUGGAAAGGUUGGGGUUCUCCCAUCCUGUACCUCCUCUUUGGGGCAGAAUCCAAUCCUGCCCAUUUGCCCUCCCUUAGUACAGACCCUCAGCAAGUCAGCUGGGAGCCGUCCCUAUCUCCCUGAUGUCUAAAGGGGCAGCAUAUACCCUCCCUCUCUGGGAUGGGACACUCCAGACCCUGCCACAUGCCCAGGAGGAGAGAGUGGGAUACUCUGCAGCUGUCCCACUGUCUCCCCUUUGAGGCAGAUGGGGUAUGUUCCACGCAUCCCUGCCUUCCCUUGCUGGGCCUCUUUCCUGAUAGCCCAUUAUCUGACUCAGUGAGGGUCUAAGCCAGGCCAGGAAUACCCCUGCUCUGUGGCAAAAAAAUCUUUAUUUUCAAAUGAAGACGAAGCUAAAGAGGGAUGGCAUCAGGACUCCUGGGUCCCCUCCCUGACCUCCUGAGAAGGGGAUGGGUUGUGGGUUCCAGCCUUCUUAUGUCUGGCAGCCAGGACUCCUGGGUUCCUGCCCCAGCUUUAGAUUUGCUCCAUUUCCCUCCCUAGUUGAUCUAUGGUGUUCCCUAGGCAGCUGCAAUUCAGCUGCUCUUGCACUCCCUCUGCCAGCUAAGCUGAGGUGGUGGCUCCCCACCCCAGCCUCAAACUACACUCCCCUUGUGUGUGCAGGGCAAGGUGUGCCUGAUUGUCUCCCAGGCCCCAGUAUUUCCAUUUGCACUUCCCAUGUCUUCUGGCCAGGGUAGUGCUCACCAGGUAUGUGAGUGUCACUCCGGAGGCGAUGGCAAGUCUGCAGGGCUGGUCACUAGUUUACUGGAGAGGGGGCUUGGCAUAUUGCUGCUAGUGAGGUGUGGGUGGGCUCAUGGCUCACUGUGGCCAGGAUGUGGAUCUUCCUCUCACCACUCUGACUUCUUGGGCCCUGAACGGGGCUCUGCUUCUACUCAGCACCUGCAGGGACUCAACCCCUGGCAUGGGAGUUGUGAGGACUCAAACCAAGGACCAAACAGUGGCUCUGUCCCAGGGCAGGUGUGCGUGCAUGUGUGCGUGCAUGGGGUUAGGGUGUGUGUGCCAUGCACAGCAGGGCUUGGGGUCUGGCCAGCAUCCCACAUGUGUGAGAACUUUGUCCUGCUCCAGCUGAUUGUUGCCUCUAGCCCUGGCCACAUGCAGCACUUGGGCACUUUCUCCUGAGACGAAACAGUUUGUUUUUCUUGCUAAUUUAAUCCCUGGUAAUUUAAUGUCUGGAUCUGACCCCCUCCCUUCCCCCAUGAAGGUCUUGACCCCCCCCCUUCCUUUCCCACUUCUGUAAAGAUUCCAGAAUAAAACGGUACAAAUCGCC